GCUGCACUCUCCUUCCUCGUUUCUCCGCGUCUGCACCUCAUCCCGCAUCCUCCUCGCCAUGACUUCGUCCAGCGCCUCAGUCACCAUCGACACCAAGUGGUUCCAGGCCAGCGACGGCACAUCCAUCUUCACCCGCACCUGGAUCCCCUCCACCGAGCCCAAGAUCGUUCUCUGUCAUCUGCACGGCCUUGGCGAGCACUCGGGCCGCUACACUCCAAUCUUUACCCAGUAUGCCCAGCACGGCAUCAAAUCCUACUCGUUCGACCAGCGAGGUUUCGGCGAGACAGGCCGCAAGUCCGGCACCCUGGGCUACAACGACGGCAUCAAGCGUGUCUAUGCCGAUGUCGACGAGCUCCUCGCCCGUGUCAAGAGCGAGCACCCUGAGCUCCCGAUUGUGCUGAGCGGCCAGUCUAUGGGCGGCGGACUCGCCCUGGGCUAUGUCGUUUCCAAGGUCACCCAGUCCAAGCCUGUCGAUCUGGCCGGCAUCAUUGCCAUGUCCCCGUUCAUUCUGCUGCCCAAGGAGACGGCUCCCGACCCGUUUACAUAUUGGGGCGGGCGCAUCCUCGCCCCUAUCGUGCCAUCGCUUCCGAUCAAAAAGGUGCUCGACAUCCGAAGCAUCAGCCGAGUCGAGAGCGUCCGGGUCGACUACCUGAACGAUCCGCUGAACCACCAGUAUAUCUCGGUCGGAACAGGAAACGACAUUCUCUCCAACGGCGAUAACCUCCACAAGUCGGGAUAUCAGCAUCUCCACAUUCCGCUGUGCAUGGCCCACGGCGAGGCGGACAUUAUCACCAGUGCCCCGGCUACCAAGGACUUUUUCGAAAAGGCUCCGUCUCAGACGAAGGUCAUCAAGCUCAUCCCCGAUGCUGUCCACGAACUGCACAACGACCUCUGCCGGGAGGAUGUCAUCGACUUUUACACCAAGUUUAUGCUUGGCCUCGCGGCCAACUGAUCGGGUCACACCUCACUUGGCUCGGUUUUCCCAUCUUUCAAACUGCCUGCUUUUGUAUCUGAUCGCCUCUGCCAUUUGCCGAAAAGAAUGCAUGCGAGUCCGUCGUCGCCCCUGCCAAACCCCAUUUGUGCCAUGGGCUGCUUCAGUGCUUCAGUAAAGCGCCAGCGAGACCGUGUGUGCAUCAGAUAGCUCGGGAGACACUGCGAGGCGGAGCGAGGACGGCGAGAAAAGAGAGAAUGGGAAAACAAAGCGGACAUAUGCAGUGGUUCUA